AUGGGCGUGGUCAAUGAGCUGCGGCAACGAACAUGGUCGGGCAUGUUGAAUGUGGAAGUUGUUUUGAACCCGAAGCUGGUAGUGCAAGGCAUGCCUGAUGAGCAAGUCAGGUGCCACCUACGAAUACCUAGAGAAUCAUACCUGGUCCUGCACCUACCGUUUGUGCUGAACAAACUGCGAGGGGUGCUCCGACAGGAAGUAAAAGAUGCAUUUCACGGGUGGUGGUUCGGAAUGGAGGACGUGCUGGUCCACUGGAACCAUCCAGUGGGGACGCUGUACGACUCGCUGGUGGGACUGCGGCCGCAGGAACGAGCCGCCCAGUUCCAGGCCAACACGCUGACGAUGUGGACGCUAACGCUGAACUACAGCGAGGACGCGCGGGAUGGCUCGGUGCCGCUGGUAGGGGGGAUGCAGCAGGUGGAGGACUUCUGGCGGCACCAAUGGAAGCAGGCGUGCUAUAUCAUCCACGGGUCGUCGAAGCAGAUCAUGUCGCUGUCGAUCCCGGACUCGAAGACGUUUUGGGACUGCGUGCUGCAACGCGACGAGCGCGUGUUCCGCGGCAUUGCGUCGAGAAUCACGGCGCGCAAGGGGGGCGUUAAGGCGCUGCCCGUGCGGAUUCAUCAGACGACGCUGCGCGAGCUGCGGACGCUGCAGCCGACGGUCAAGCCCGGCGAGUGGGGGGGCGGGACGCUGGGGGAGCUUCUGCGGGCAGAGCUGCCGGAGUGCUUCAAGAAUGGCUCGGUGCUGAGGCCGGUAGUGCACGGGAUCGAGGUCUCGCCGGAGUCGCAGCUCGCCGACCUGUACCACCUCUUUUGCAGUUUUGACGGGUUUCUGCACAUCUCGAUCUGCAGCCCAGUGGCUCUCAUCAUUCCGACUACUUAG